UGCCUGGCUUCCUUCCUGGCUUCCGCUGCGAUGGCGGCCUUGAGAGCGGCGCUGCCGGCCUCGCUGCUGUGCUGCUGGGCCCCCUUACGGGCUCCGGUGCUGCUCUCCUGCCUGCUGGGCCACUUGGGUGGCCUUCUGGCCUCCGCCGGCGCCGGGGGUGGAGAGGCCCGCGUGGAGGCCGUGCUUCUGGGCCAAGCGGGAGGCGCUCAGGGCGAGCCGGCCUCCUCCUCCGCCUUGGCUUUGCGCGGCGCCUGGCUCUCGACCGAGCAGCAGCAGGAGGAGGGAGCCCAGGAGGAAGCCUCUAUCCGGGGGAGCCUGGUCCUGGUGGGGGAUGCCGACCCCAAAGUGGAGGAGGAAGACAGCUGGAUCGGGGUGGUCCCUGUUGGUGAGGAUCAGGCAGAGGCCCCUCGAUGUGUUGCCAAGGAGGAGUCCUUCACCUCAGCUGUGGUCAGCAAGAUGAAGCGUGCCCUGGUCCUGGGCGCCUCGGCCCUCCUUAUCCUGGCCCUGAACCAGAACGCCCUCCGGGAGUUGGAUGUGUCUCAAGUCCUGUCCAAACCCGUGGUCCUGGUCCAGACUUCGGAGAACGUGACCAAGCUCUUUGGAGCCCUACUGCGAGGACUUCGGGCCACAGCGAAGAUUACUUACCAGGCAGUAUUGUUGGAUAAUGUGGGGGUGACACUGACUCUCUGGUCCACAUGUGGGCUCUCCCGGGGGGGCCUCUAUGGUGAGUGGCAGGGAGUCAUCUGCACAGGAGAGAACAGCUCCAGAGUCCAGAAGUACCUCCAGCAGCUGUGGAACGCCAUCUUGCUCAUCGCCUUGAUCCUGUGCACAGGGCUGGUCCUGCAGGCUCAGCGGCAGUCCCGGCACGACCAGAGGGAGCAAGACCCAGAGCCGGAUCUCAAACAGCACGUGGCACGAAGGCUGUUGGCGCUAAAAACGCGCCGCUACCAUCCGCCAGGGAAGCUGCCUCGUAGCUGGGCUCACGAGAUUGACUGCUGUGCCGUCUGCUUGGACCAGUUUCAUAAGAAUCAGUGUCUCCGGGUGCUGCCGUGUUUGCAUGAAUUUCACCGCGACUGCGUAGAUCCGUGGCUCCUUUUGCACCAGACCUGCCCUCUUUGCAAACACAACAUUUUAGGAAAUCGCUUCCAGGAGAGCUAGCAAGAUGGCUGCCUGUCCUUAAGGGCUUCCCAUGAGGCUUUGGCCAACAUGGUUGAAGCCGCUGCCUUGCCACAGAAGGACAGGCAAUGUGUGGAUGUGUCUCCAAUGUGUUUUGUCUCUUCUUGGGUUCGCUCGCUCAUAUCUCCGCCUUGGACAAACCCCUUGGUGCUGUUAUCCCCCUUGGACUAUGUCUCCCUACGACGGGAAAAGGACCUGAGUUGCCAUGGCUUCGGCAUCUUGGAGUUGUGGGUGGGUUCGGUGGCUUAUUUAUACUAAUUUAUUAUUAUUAUUAUUACUAUUACUAUUAUUACUAUUAUUAUUAGAGAGGAGGGGGCCACAAACCCCACCUCCAGCUAUACUAAUAAAACAAAUCUGGCACAAAAGGA